UGCAAUACGACCAAUGGUUUCAAAUUUUCGAGUUUCCCGUGAAAAAAACUCAAAAGCGUGACGUGCUAUGAAAUGUUCUCUCGUGUUGUUUAAGCAACGUUUAUGGGAUAAUUGCAAUGAUUCAUUAAAAUGGGAAACAAGUGUACGCGUGUGAAGUGCAUCGAAGUGUAAUUCCGAUACAAUGAUAAUAAUCUACAUAGACAUUAUACUUUUGGUUAUUUUGGUAUGCCUCACAAUAUUUGCCUGCGGUUACUGUUUCUACAGAGUUCAUAGGCUACAACGCGACGGACAAGUCGAGAUUCUACUCAGACCAACAAAGGUCCUCUUCUCUCAUAAAAGCGAGGGAGAUUCUUGCGAGCAGUUGAGGACCGUGGUCGCCUACCAGAACCCGUUCACGGGGGAUUACUGCAUCCACAAAAGCCGCCUUGGAACGGGCUAUGUGAAUGCAAUGCAAACUCCCGAUUCCCCUGACAGCGGGGUUUCCGACGAAUACGAACCUUUGAACCUAGAUCCCGUUCCAGAGAAAUUGCCUGAAGGAACAAAGCUGUCAAACGCUGUGAAUAUUCCUCAAUCUCAAUUAGCGGGAAGUUCGUCUGAAGGUCUGAAUGCAUCGAAGGAGAAACUGAAUGGAACACACGAAGAAGCGAUAAUAUUGUUUAGUGAGCAGCCGUCGACGCCGACUAAAGAUAAAAUCAGUCCAAAACCAGACGAUUACAGCCUCAACAAAACUUGGAACUGGAAAUAUACUGAAUACCAAAUAUAAAUCAUGAAAAGAUCUCACAAAACGCUCAGUUAAAGAAACAGGUCAAUUUUCGAACAACUUAUGAUUUAAAUACGAUUUCUCAGCGGCAUCUGCACUGAGCGCAGCUCAAACCUCAGAGGACCUGCAUCCGAUUUGUUAACACCAUCACAAAUGUGUACUGCCAGACAUAGGUCUCCACCAAGCCUCGCAACAAUGAUCGGUCCAACAUAACCCGCAUCCACUGGAUUCCUGCGAGCUUUACCAAGUCGUCUGUUCACCUCAUGGGAGGCCUACCCAACACACAGCUCGAGCUAUAAACUAGAAACAAUAUGUAAAUAACAUUAACACCUUUACUGCGGAACAGGCUCGGCCGCGGUACUUUCAGCUAAUGCGGACGAAGAAAACUAUAUCCCUCUCGCUGUGUGGACCCAUUAUUUUAGGUGUUUGUAAGAGUUCAACACCGACAAUUGUUGUUGUUGUUGUAGUCCUAGGGUACCCCGCUGGUACAUAGGGCCCUCACAAGUUCCCUAUGUACAACCUGUGUCACAAGUCACCUUUUUACCCUGUCUUGCGCUUGCUCCUUGACAUCACUCCAGGUCACGUUGGCAGUCCUCAUCUCACUCUCCACGGUGCGUCGCCAAGUGUGUACAGGGCGACCAGGUCUUCUCCUGCCAAGCGGUUGCCACUCAAACACGAUUGAUGCUGCGUUGACUCCGCUGCGCCGUAGAGUGUGUCCUAUCCAACGCCAUUUCCGAUGGGCAAUGUCUUGCGCCAUGGGGUUUUGGUUACAUUUAACAACCGACAAUGAUAUACUAUAAAUUGUAUACCGUAUGUUUUUCGCAAAGUUUAGCAAUUUAAUCUACCCUAGUGCUGGUGGGUCGAGAAAUUCCUUAUGCACAUUGGUGACAAUAUCAUUGGGGACGCAAUUCGAUCCGCCGCCGCACCAGACGAAGGUUUACGAUUUUGCCGCAGCCAAGGUGUUAAGCUAUUUUUACAGAACUAUACAUUGGUUAUCAGAAAGAAGCAAUGCAACUUAAGUUUCACCCAUAUUAUCUCCGCAUGCCCCUAUCGACGAAUGGAAAAGAAUUAGUAUAUUAUUAAAAAAUAGCAAUGUGUUGUGGGUAAGGAGAUUGAAAACAAAUUCAACUAAUUUAUUUCAAAGUGAAUGUCAUCGCAACAUAUGUUUUGAGUGUCGAAUGAAGCUAUCAACAUUUCUAAAGAGAGUCUUAAUAAAAACAAGGCGAAAUAAACUCAGCCCUCGCUUUUAAAUGAAAUCUAUAUAUUAAUACGUGAAUCAAAAACUUUGUAUCCCUUUUUACGAAAAUUGCGCGGACGGAGGAGUAUGAAAUUUUCCACAAUUAUAGAGAAUAUAGAGAAGAAGUGCACAACGCUAAUAUUUUUUUAAAAUAAUGCAUAAAAGAUACAUUAAAUCGAUAAAGAAAACAUUACACACACUACGUACCAUGUAUUUGACGCACACACGCAUGCAUACUAUUUAUUGUCAAGCUUUUCUUCUUCACGUCUGUUGUCAAAUUGAGAAUAGAUUAAAUAUUAUUUGUCUUUGUUAAUAUUUUUUAUAGUGUAGUCUUGGCGAAAUUUGUGAUUGUAGAAGUAUAAAAUACAAUCAUAAUAGUCUACAAACUUACAAUUCCAAUUAAAUAUAGUCCAAUUUCGACUACUACGGGACCUCUAGUAAUAAUAAAUAAGCAAUCCAAAGUGAACAACACAUAUCCAAAUCGUGGUCUAUCUGUUAGCUUAAUGAUGCUCAAUAUCCAAAUAAUGGACAAAGAAAAAGAGACCCGCUCCUCCCAAAGUCACCGAAUACUAAAGGACGAUAAUAAUGUGUAGUUUGAUUUUACGAACCAUCCCAUUGAAACCAUAUUCAAAUUCGAGUACUUACACAAUAAGGUAUUCAUAACAAAACCAUUGUAUUCGCAAUCAUUUAGAAAUACGAAAAUAAUGAGACAUGUUUUUCCAUUCAAUAAUCAGAUAUAUAUUUAUUUUCGUAUUAUUUUAUUAAGAGCUUGAACAAAGAACAAGACGCGGUAUUAAUAUAAAAAGAAAGUCUUAAAAACGCUGAAAGUCGCAAAAAACUUUUAUAUAAAUACAUAUUUUCCGAAUCUAUUUGAACAAAGAGUUUAAAAACAUUCUUCUACACACACAUAGUCUUAAUUUUUAAGAAAAUAAUAAUGUAAUAUUGGUGAAAAAGUCGAAAAUAUAUUCCGUCCUAUUGCAUAGCAAGAAAUCAUGCUGGUUCCACUGCUUGUAUUUUGUCAGAAUUGCUUGCAUGCGUUCCGAUUUAUCUUCAACGUAUUUUUAAUUAACUAUCUAAGAGUUUAAUUUAAGACGGUAACCACUCUCCAUCAGAUAGACCGUAUGCACGUCUGCCUACAGGGGCAAUAAAAAUAUAAUUUAUAACUAAUAGUUUUCGUCGGCGAAGUCAAGCAAACAACUUACAAUCCUAAGAAGAUAAAAUAAUUAGUUUAUUUAUUAUUACUAAGUAAGGUGUAUAUUUAUGGUUAAAAGCCAUUCGUCCAACUAAACUAUAUUAAUAUGAAACGAAAUUGUGCUUCAAAAUUACUGGUGGUAGGACCUCUUGUGAGUCCGCGCGGGUAGGUAUCACCUCCCUGCCUAUUUCUGCCGUGAAGCAGUAAUGCGUUUCGGUUUGAAGGGUGGGGCAGCCGUUGUAGAGAGAUACUGAGAUCUUAGAACUUAUAUCUUAAGGUGGGUGGCGCAUUUACGUUGUAAAUGUCUAUGGGCUCCAGUAACCACUUAACACCAGGUGGGCUGAGAGCUUGUCCACCCAUCUGAGCAAAAAAAAAAAAAAUUUCUAUUUAUGGUAAUUUUGUUCAAGAAAGUGUGAGUGAAUUUGUUUAUAAAUAAAAUAAUUUACUAGAAUGUACACAUGUAUGAUGAAACAUGUGAAGGAAGGUAUCUUUUGUGACGCCUCAGUUACAAAGUGCUGAUGGUUGAAUUUUCAGAUUAAAAUUAUCAUUUUUUUUUUUUUUGUAACACAAUUAUUCCUGUAUUUGAUUAUUAAGGUAAUGUAAGAUGCAACUUUGGUUAAGUCAAUCAUAAUAUACAAUUGAAUACUGGUUAAUUAAUAUGUGAAAAAUAAGUCAUUUCUUAAAACCAUGCCCCGCCAUGGGGAGUGCUCUGAGUAAUUGUUUGAGAUGAUACCAUCAUCUCGUUUUUACCAUCGCACCGCCCGCCACCGGAGUAGAGUUCAUCCAUACUACCUAGAGCCACUGCGGUCAUCCACAGUGCGUUUCCAGAGACCCUUUGCCACGUACCAUCCGGCGAUGGAAUGAGCACCCCUCCACGGUGUUUCCCGAGCGCUAUGACAUGUCCUUCUUCAAACGAGGCGUACUUAACGGUAGGCAGCGGCUUGGCUCUGCCUCUGGUAUUGCUGAAGUCCAUGGGCGACGGUAACCACUCACCAUCAGGUGGGCCGUAUGCUCGUCUGUCUACAAAGUCAAUAAAAAAAACCAUUCCAUACAAUCUACUGGUAGGUACGUUCAUAAUAUACUAUACCCAAAAAUCUCUAAAAUAAUAUGUAAACUUUAAAUUUUAGAUAAGAUUAAGCAUAAAUACACAAAUUCUCAUUUCAUAUAACAUUUUUUUUGCUGUUUCAUAAUUUGAGUACCAGGAAUGAAAUGAUCGCGCUGAAUGCAAAAAAAAAUGUUAUUGGGAGUAUAUAAUUCUGUGUUGAUUGGUUCAAGAAAACCGAAUCUCAAAAUUAAAUUGCCAGUAGGUACAAUAUUCAGAUAUUAAUGAAUUUAUGUAUGUGAUGUUUUCCUCGUGCCAAAUUUUAAUAGAAUACUGUUGAUGCUUUCACUACCUAUAUUAAUUGUUAUUAAUUAAAUAUUUAUUAAUAGAAUUUAUGAUGUUAUAAAAUAAAAAUAUUAAUUUGAAAGGUG